AUGAAAGGUAUAAAUCGUGACAAAAUCGACAGAAUCAUUUACGAAGCUUCCAAAAAUACUGAUUAUUUCAAGCAUGAGCAGCAUAAAAUUGACCAAAUCAAAAAGAAAGCAAACUCAAUGAAAAACGAAAUCCAGAAAAAUAUCGCAAAAGGUCCGAGAUACAUCAAAGUACGUUCAGAUGAAAUAGAUCAAAAGCUCAGAGACUAUGAAAAAGAAAGGGAAUUAUCAGAAACUUGGAUCCAUAUUGAUAUGGAUAUGUUUUAUGCAUCUGUAGAAAUAAGGGAUAACCCUGAGCUAGCUGAUAAGCCUAUAGCUGUAGGUGAUUACCAAAUGAUUACUACAGCAAAUUAUAUUGCAAGACGAUUUGGUGUAAGAAGUGCUAUGCCAGGCUUUAUUGGCCAACGAUUGUGCCCAGAUCUUAUAUUUGUUCCUCCGAAUUUUAGCAAAUAUCAUUGUGAAGGUGAAAAAAUUCGAGAAAUUUUUAAAGAAUAUGACCAAAGUUUUGAAAGUCUUGGGCUAGAUGAAGCGAGCUUAUGGGUAACUCCUGUGCUUAAAGAUAGAGGGCUAGAUACUCAUGAAGGCAGACAAGCUCUUGCGAACGAAAUUCGUGAAAAAAUUUUCACCAGCACUCAGCUUACAGCAUCGGCAGGAAUCGCAAGUAAUAAACUACUUGCAAAAAUGGCUACAGAAAUAAACAAGCCUAAUGGACAAUUUUAUUUGCAGCCAGAAAAAGCAGCUAUUAUAGAUUUUAUUGAAAAACAAAAUGUCAGAAAAGUCCCUGGAUGUGGAAAAGUGCUAGAGAAGCUAUUAAAUGAGCUUGGAGUUAAAAAAUGCCAAGAUAUUUUAAAGAAAAAGCUAGAAAUCAGCUUUGUUUUCAAUGAAACUUCUCUUGUAUUUUUAUUAAAAUCUGCUUUAGGGUUAGGACCAACUCAUCAUCCUCAGUCUGCAUCGGAAGAGCACAAAAGCGUCAGCAUUUCUAGGACAUUCCCACCUACUGGCAAUUUACAAGAAAUUGAAGAAAAAUUAAAAUCCUUUUGUGAAACAAUAGCAAAAGAAUUAGAAGAAAAAGACGCUGAAUGCAAAAACCUUACAGUGACUAUAAAAACCUUGAAUUAUGAAGUUAUAAAUAGAUCUGAAACAUCAAAAAAAUUUAUUCAUAAGCUUGAGGAUAUAACAAAGCUAGCUUUAAAACAGCUGGAGUUGCUAUCACCAAUUGGCCAAAUCAGAUUAUUAGGUUUAAAAGCAAAUAAUUUAAGUUAUGGAAGGCAGAAAAGAAAAAGCCAAAAUAAUAGAUCAAUCUCUGAGCCUCAGCAAAAAACAUCAAAAGAAGAGUUUGUGAAUUCUUUUCUACAUACUUCAAUAAAACCUGAUAAAAUGGAGAAUGAAGAGCCUAAACCAAGCGGAGUUAAGUUGAUGAGAUUGCAAUGCCCUAACUGUGGGGAGUGAUAUACCAUGAGUGAAUAUAGGAUGAAUAUUCAUAUAUCAAGCUGCAAUGGGGAGGAUGGAGAAAAAAGAAAAUCAAUCUCACUGGAUUUUGGAAGUAAAAAUAAAAAAGCGAAUAAAGGGUUGACUUUGGAUCAUUUUUUCGCAAGAAAAUAA